AUGGAGAUGUCUCAGUGUAGCACAGUCUUCCACGAACCUGGGUCUGGGCUGGCAUUGAGAUGGGUGGGUGGCUAUGAGUGCAAGCGGUUGAGAAACAGCAAUUAUAAAAACAUGCAUCGAAGGCACACAACCCUUCGGGAGAAGGGCCGCAGGCAGGCCAUCCGGGGCCCAGCCUACAUGUUCAAUGAGAAGGGCACCAGCCUGACUGCAGAGGAGGAACGCUUUCUUGAUUCUGCAGAAUAUGGCAACAUUCCAGUCGUGCGAAAAAUGCUGGAGGAGUCCAAAACCUUGAACUUUAAUUGCGUUGAUUACAUGGGACAGAAUGCCCUACAGUUAGCUGUAGGGAAUGAGCAUUUGGAAGUGACGGAGCUCCUCCUCAAAAAGGAGAAUCUAGCUCGAGUUGGGGAUGCGCUGUUGUUAGCCAUCAGCAAAGGAUACGUGCGCAUAGUGGAAGCAAUAUUGAACCAUCCCGCCUUUGCACAAGGGCAGCGUCUCACACUCAGUCCCCUUGAGCAGGAACUGAGAGAUGACGAUUUUUACGCCUACGAUGAAGAUGGAACUAGGUUUUCCCAUGACAUUACCCCUAUCAUACUUGCAGCCCACUGCCAGGAAUACGAAAUUGUUCACAUCUUACUUCUAAAAGGUGCACGGAUUGAAAGGCCACAUGACUAUUUUUGCAAGUGCAAUGAAUGUAUUGAGAAGCAGAGGAAAGACUCCUUCAGUCACUCUCGAUCGAGAAUGAAUGCCUACAAAGGAUUAGCCAGUGCUGCUUACUUGUCUCUUUCCAGCGAAGACCCCGUCCUUACUGCUUUAGAAUUAAGCAAUGAAUUGGCCAGACUAGCCAACAUUGAAACUGAAUUUAAGAACGACUACAGGAAGCUAUCUAUGCAAUGCAAGGACUUUGUAGUGGGGGUUCUGGACCUGUGCAGAGACACUGAAGAAGUAGAAGCAAUUCUGAAUGGAGAUGUGAACAUACAUCUGUGCCCUGAGCACCACCGGCCAAGCCUGAGCAGAAUUAAACUGGCGAUUAAGUAUGAGGUCAAAAAGUUUGUUGCUCACCCUAACUGCCAGCAGCAGCUGCUCACCAUGUGGUAUGAAAACCUCUCAGGCUUACGACAGCAAUCCAUAGCUGUGAAGUUCCUGGCUGUCUUUGGGGUUUCCAUAGGCCUGCCCUUCCUUGCCAUAGCCUACUGGAUUGCUCCCUGCAGCAAGUUGGGACGGACCCUCCGAAGUCCUUUCAUGAAGUUUGUGGCACACGCUGUUUCUUUCACAAUCUUCCUUGGACUGUUAGUAGUGAACGCUUCGGAUCGGUUUGAAGGAGUAAAAAAUCUUCCCAACGAAACCAUCACAGAUCAUCCCAAACAAAUAUUUAGAGUCAAAACAACUCAGUUCUCGUGGACAGAAUUGCUGAUCAUGAAGUGGGUAUUGGGCAUGAUAUGGUCAGAGUGUAAGGAGAUCUGGGAAGAGGGCCCACGAGAGUACGUGGUACAUCUCUGGAACCUUCUGGACUUUGGGAUGCUGUCCAUCUUUGUGGCGUCGUUCACUGCCAGGUUCAUGGCUUUCCUCAAAGCGACCGAAGCACAACAGUACGUCGAUCAGUACGUUCAAGAUGAUGACCUCAAUAAUGUCACCCUUCCCCCUGAAGUUGCUUACUUUACUUACGCCAGGAACAAGUGGCUUCCCUCGGAUCCUCAGAUCAUUUCAGAAGGACUGUAUGCAAUAGCUGUGGUACUCAGCUUCUCCCGCAUUGCUUACAUUCUUCCAGCCAACGAAAGCUUCGGGCCCCUGCAGAUCUCUUUGGGAAGGACUGUGAAGGAUAUCUUCAAGUUCAUGGUCAUCUUCAUCAUGGUGUUCCUGGCCUUCAUGAUUGGAAUGUUCAACCUUUACUCUUACUACCUUGGUGCAAAAUACAACCCUGCAUUUACAACGGUAGAAGAAAGUUUUAAAACCUUAUUCUGGUCAAUAUUUGGCUUAUCUGAAGUGAUAUCCGUGGUGCUGAAGUACGAUCAUAAAUUCAUUGAGAAUAUUGGAUAUGUACUCUAUGGAGUAUACAACGUGACCAUGGUGGUGGUGCUGCUUAAUAUGCUAAUAGCCAUGAUAAACAACUCUUAUCAGGAAAUUGAGGAGGAUGCAGAUGUGGAGUGGAAGUUUGCACGUGCCAAGCUCUGGCUAUCCUACUUUGAUGAAGGAAGGACUUUACCUGCUCCCUUUAAUCUAGUGCCAAGCCCUAAAUCAUUUUAUUAUCUCAUACUGAGAAUAAAAAUGUGCCUCAUAAAACUCUGCAAAUCUAAGGCCAAAAACUGUGAAAAUGAUCUUGAGAUGGGAAUGCUGAACUCCAAACAACGGAAAGUUCGUUUUCAGUCUGGCAGUCUGCAUUCAGAAAACUUUUCAGUGAAGAAUGCUUAUAACAAGCCCACAAGAUACCAGGUGCCAACCCUACCUCCCUCUGGAUUCUACUACCUUGGCCAUCUUCAACACACCAAAAUAAUGAAACGCCUGAUUAAGCGCUACGUGCUGAAGGCUCAGGUGGACCGAGAAAAUGAUGAAGUCAAUGAAGGAGAACUUAAAGAGAUUAAGCAAGAUAUUUCUAGUCUCCGAUAUGAACUCCUGGAGGAGAAGUCCCAGGCUACUGGUGAGCUGGCAAGACUUAUACAGCAACUGAGUGACAAAUUCGGGAAGAACUUAAAUAAGGACAUUUGAGGGUGAGCACAGAGGAAAGCAACUGGUUUUCUAAACAUUAUUCAGUCUCAACCAGCAUCUUAAGAGGACAAAAACAGCGCAAAAAAUGGGGACCAGGCACUCAUCUUCUACGAAUUGGCAGUGUCAGUUGGAGCACUUUGCAUUACUCCUGUGUUUGGUGAAUUUCCAGUUAAAUCUUUUAUGACACAAAAUAACUUACUGGUAAAAGCAUACCCC